UAUAUUAGACUGUUAGAUUCACGAAGCUUUUUACACAACAGCGAUGCAAGGAGCAUCAAAGGUUAGGACAACUCUGUUGGUCAUCAUCCAUUAUAUAAGAAACACCUUCACCUUGUACUCCUUCACAACUUUCUCUUUAAAUCUUUCCAUCUCUCUCUAAUCGAUCAUCAUUUCAAGUGCCUACUUCCACAAUGAUCAUCGAAACACUAGAUAUCCUGGGACCAAAUCAGAAUGGCAAUUCAGGAACCCAUACUCAAAAACCAAUCAAAACCAGAAACUGGCUGCUGAUCAUUAUUAACUGCGCCUUAGUUUUUUGUGGUGUUAUAGGUGGUCCUCUCUUAAUGAGACUGUACUAUCUUCAUGGUGGUAGUCGUAAAUGGCUUAGUAGUUUUCUGCAAACUGCUGGUUUCCCAGUUCUCAUAUUUCCUCUCAUUUUUCUCUACAUUAAACCGAAAUUGUCAACACAAAACAACGAUCAAAGUUCUUCCUUUUUUAUGGAACCAAAGUUGUUUCUUUGGAGUGCCAUAGUUGGAAUCGUGUUUGGUGUUUCUAAUUUCAUGUACGCAUUGGGUUUAUCUUAUCUUCCAGUAUCAACUUCGACAAUUCUCUUUGCAACUCAACUGUGUUUCACAGCAAUUUUUGCAUGGUUAAUUGUGAAACAAAAAUUUACAGCAUUUAUUAUAAAUGCAGUGAUUGUAAUGACACUAGGAUCGAUCUUAUUGGGUAUUAAUACCAAUGGUGAUAGACCAAUUGGGGUAUCAAAAACUCAGUACUUAAUAGGGUUUCUUAUGACGUUAGCUGCUGCUGCUCUAACUGGCCUCGGGACGCCUUUUGUUGAGCUUUCUUUCAUUAAAGCCACCAGAAAUAUUACUUAUCCAACUUUGUUACAGUUUCAAGUCAUUCUUUGUCUGUUUGGAACCUGCCUCAACGUCAUUGGGAUGCUAAUAAAUAAGGAUUUUCAGGCUAUACCCAGAGAAGCAGACAUGUUCGAGCUUGGGAAAAGCAAGUAUUAUAUGAUAAUAUGCUUGACUGCAUUGACAUGGCAAUUAUCAGGAAUUGGACUCGUAGGCCUAAUUUUGUACACAAAUGCUCUUUUCAACGGUAUAUACGUAUCCGUUCUUGUUCCGUUCACAGAAGUUGCAGCGGUCAUAUUUUUCCAUGAGAAGUUUACGGGAUUAAAGGGAAUGGCAUUGGCAUUAUGUCUUUGGGGUUUCUCUUCCUAUUUCUAUGGAGAAUACAAGAUGAUGAAUAAAGUGGGUGAUAAUGAAACACAUGAGAAAAUCGAGGAAGCCGAAAGCGAGCCCAAAAGAUUAGAGGAUCAACAAGCACCAUACAGUACUGUAUGAAUACAUGUUUUCCAAGGUUUUCUCUUCCAUAUUAUAUAAUUUCGCCAGUAUAAGCGUUUAUGUUAGGUCAUUUGGCUUUGAGAUAAAAAGAGAGGGACAUACCGCCAAAAUGUUAGCAAUGUAUUCAAUGGCGGAGUCAGUUUGAAGGCAGAAGGGGACAAAAAAUAAUAAAUCUCAACGUGUAUUUAAAACAAUGAAUAAUAAGAUCACUUUUGAGAUAAUUUGUAUAAAUGUAUAUGUAAAAAGACUUCAGGAGCCAUUAGUAAGUGGAAUGACUGAAUAAGUAAUGCCUUUGUUAUUGUUUGAGAAAAUUGUCUAUCA